GUCUAACAAAGCUGGUGAGGGUGUUUUUACUGCAUUCAUCCCGGUGCAGGUUCGUGCGUCAUGCGGCUAUAGAAGGUGAAUGAGUGACUGCUGAGAAUCAAUCAGUGACUGGCCACCUGUGGGUCAUGUGCCGGCGAUGCAGCGCAGCUGAUUUAUUGGUAUUCUUAAAGCGUCUUACACGAGCGCAUAAAGUGAGAAAGGCGAACGCGAGCUUUGUGAUGGACGCCAUGCGCGCUUACGCGUUACAGUAGACGAGCAUGUAACUGGUGGCGAGGCUGACGAUCCGCGAGUUCCCUUGUGGUAUCGAUGAAAGGACAUCAAAAGUGUGGUUUCUUUAGCUCUCAAAUCACUGAACAUAAUCGCAAAAGGAAGCGUCUCACUCGCGCUUUCCAGUUGAUGCGGAUUCGGAUGGCAAUAGAUUGAGGUGCAUUGAAUAUCAGACUGCGAGGAUGCUAAAGAAGAUGCUACUGGCUUAGAUUGUUUAUCAUCAUCUUUAUCAUUACAGCGUAUCAGUGUUGCAAAGAAAAUGCGUAUCAUGUCAUAGUUGGAGUGAUGUUAACUUCAGGUUACUUUUCUUUGGAAAUUGGCGUCACUCAUCUGGAAUAACUCUUGAGGAAGAUAUGAUUCACCUAGUCACUUUUAUGAGCCUUGUUCUGUCUCUGUUUGGAUGCCACAUCUGCUUUGCAGGGGCGAACCGCCCUGCUGCUCCUGUCAAUGUCUCUGUUACUCACCUGCGGGCGGAUUCGGCCACCGUGUCCUGGAAUAUUCCAGAGGGAGAGACCGUAAUUGGCUUUGCCAUCUCACAGCAGCGUCAGGACGGGUUGAUGCAGCGUUUCAUUCGUGAGGUGAACACGACCAGUCAUGCUUGUAUACUUUGGGAUCUGGAUGAAGACACAGACUAUAUUAUCCAGGUCCAGUCUGUCGGACUAUAUGGAGAGAGUCUGGCCAGCAAAAAGAUUCACUUCAGGACGCUUAAAAAGUCUGAACAUUUUCAAUCCACCAUGAUGGAUCAAGAUGACCCUGCGGUUGAGGGUUUAGACAUUUCCAGACACCUUCAGACUGGAGAGAUACUAAUCAUUAUGACUGUACUACUAAUGUGGGCAGCGGUGAUUGUGCUCUUCUGUAAGCAGUAUGAUAUCAUCAAAGACAACGAUUCCAACAACCACAGUAAAGAGAAAAGCAAGCCGCUGUCUGGCCAAAGUACUCCAGAGUACCAUAACGGAGGCCUGCUGGGCAGCAAGUUCCAAAGGACAUCAUCCUCCGUUAGCAUCAUCAAGGUUUAACCAAGGCAUCAUCAUGAAACCUGGUCUGUCGUCAGACCCGUCGGCGGAUAUCAGCUCAUCUUCUGAUAUUCAAGACAAGCAUUAAAGGCAAUAGUAUCGUAAACCUCUCAGCUCCCUCAGCCAAAUCGGGAAUUGUAAGGUAGUAUACGGGUAUUCAGUAGUAUACUCCAAUAAAGAACAAUGUCCUGGACAAUGAACAUACCUCUUUGCAUAUUACAUAAGCUAUAAUCACAGGAGGAGCUAUUGGUGCUAUGAAUAUGAUUGUGGAGUUCAGACAUUGGCAGCCAGAUACAGUGGUUUAGAUUCAUGUCAAUGGAUUUGUUGCGUGAAUGUGUUUCAUUGAAAGAGGAUGAAUAAUAACAAUUAUAAAUGUGGCAUUUCUCAUUGAUACAUGUAAAUUAUGACAAUAAUUUCAUCGUCAGCCACAAAUGUGGCCUAAUAUUAUGCAUUAAUAAUUUCUAACCACAGUGAACUGUAUAUUAAUGGCUUGUUUAAUGUUUUAAUUAAGUAUUAGCACUGUGUACUAAAUGUUUCACACCCUUGUAAAGUUGAUUGUUCAACAGUGGGGUUUACAUGAUAACCAGUGCAAGAGUGUCUGUUCAUAGAAAUAGAUUUGUGUGUGGCAUUUCUAUGCCAAACAAGUAAAGUUUCUAUUUUGAGCUUAAGAAGUAAUUAGUAGAAGCAUACAGUAUGUCUACCCUGAUAUUGUAAUGUGCAUAGUUAAAAAAAGGAUACUUAUUUUAUUGUUAUAUUAUUUUAUUUGUUCACUACGUGAGAAGUUUUGACUCAGUAAAUUAGCUACACAUAGCUGUAGUUUUUGGGCAAUAGAUAAAGAAUGUAGUUUAUUUAAAUACUGUAUUUCACUGCAAAGGUUAGAAGUGGAUUUUAUUAAUAUUCUUAUUCUCAAUCCUACUUUACAAUAAAGGGAAAAUGGAAAACCA